UAUCCGAAAAUGAGCAGAAUCCUCGAAACAGGCUUUCGCUCUGCUUUAUAGAUAAAGCAACAAAAUAAAAUACACGGCCGAGAUGAGGAGGCCCCAUUACAAAGCAGAUCAAAUGAUACAUCAAUAACCUAGAACAAGCUAACACCUUGCCGAAAUUCAACAAACAACUCGUGAGCUCAAUGACAAUGCCAUGGGAUGGGUUUUGGCCUGUUGCCUAUAUAAAUACAAGAGGUGUGUUGUUUCACUCCAAACCCCAAAUCCUGCCAGCACGUACGUUCGUGUCCUAGUCCCUAGCACGCCGCGCCUCUAGCUCUCGGCCAUGUCGUCGUCCAUGGCCGCGGCCGUGUCGUCGCUGCGCUCCCUCCCGCUCCCCAUACUCGUUCCGCUCGUGGCCUCGGCGCUCGCCUUCGUGGUCACCGUCUUCCGGCGCGUUCUUGGGCGGCAGCGGCCGGUGUACCUGCUCAACUACAGCUGCCACCUUCCGGACGCUGACCGUCAGUGCAACCUGGAGGUGUGCGAGUACUUCGGCCUCCGCUCCAAGCGCUACACCGACGAGACCGCUGACUUCAUGCGGCUCAUCUUCCGCAAGUCCGGCCUCGGGCAGGAGACGUUCGCGCCGCCCUUCAUCUUCUCCGGCAAGUUCGAGAAGACGCUGGCGUUCGCCAUCCAGGAGGCCGAGGAGGGCCUCUUCACCGUGGUGUCCCAGCUGCUGGCCAAGUCGGACGUGUCCCCGCGCGACGUCAGCGUCCUCGUCGUCGCCUGCUCCAUGUACUCCCCUCAGCCGUCGCUGGCGUCCAUGAUCGUGCGCCGCUUCAAGAUGAAGGACGACGUCAAGGCGUACAGCUUCGCCGGGAUGGGGUGCAGCGCCGGCACGGUGGGCAUCGACAUGGCGGCGCGGCUGCUGCGCGUGCAGCGCCGCCCGGGGUACGCGCUGGUGGUGGUGACGGAGAACACCAGCCUCAACUGGUACUUCGGGAACAACAAGCACAUGCUGGUGACCAACUGCAUCUUCCGCGUCGGCAGCGCGGCGGCGCUCAUCACCGACGUGCCCGCGCGCCGGGCCGACGCCAAGUACCAGCUGCUGCGCACGCUGCGGACGCACCACGGCGCCGACGACGCGGCGUACAACGCCGCCGUGCAGAUGGAGGACGAGGACGGCGGCGUGGGCGUGGCGCUCACCAAGGACCUCGUGCGCGUCGCCGGCGCCGGCCUCCGCAGCCACAUCGCCACCCUCGCGCCCUACGUGCUCCCGGUCUCCGAGCUGCUCAGGUACGUGUACCGGGUGGCGUGGGCGUACAGCGGCGGCAACCCCAAGGCGGCGGCGGGGCUGGUGCCGGACUUCCAGCGCGCGUUCGAGCACAUGUGCAUCCACUCCGGCGGCAAGGCGGUGAUCGACACGGUGGCGAAGCUGAUGGGGUUCGGGCCGCCGGUGGUGGAGCCGGCCCGCGCCACGCUGCACCGCUUCGGCAACACCUCCAGCAGCCUCGUCUUCUACGAGCUGGCCUACUUCGAGGCCAAGCGCCGCGUCCGCGCCGGCGACCGCCUCUGGAUGCUCGCCUUCGGCACCGGCUUCAAGGCCUGCAGCGUCGUCUGGCGCGCGCUCCGUGACUCCGGACCCGACGCCGACAACCCCUGGAACGGAUGCGCCCACCGCUACCCCAUGGCAUUGCCGGUGCCCACCCCGCGCAGGCACAACUACCAACCCCAGCCCCAACCCGAGCAGCAGCAGCAGCUAGAGGCGGAGCAGAAGAAGCAGCUGUGAGACGCGCGUACGUCGAUCGCCGCCGACCCAUCGGCCCAUGAAUAAAUUUGUGCUGGCUUCCACCUUGAUCCACUCCGCUCCAUCUAAGUCGAUGCAUUCGGUCCAUGAACAGAUGCUUCUCCUAAGUACGCUGAUGUAUUUUCCUUAAUUCCAGUCACGUGAGCAAACAUUCCAGUCGUCGUACGUCUCGACCUUACUCCGUAUAAUAAUUUCAGUCUUUCAGUUA